AUGUCCGCAAAGUCCAUCUACGAGGCCGACGGCAAGGCCAUCCUCAACUACCAUCUCACCCGCGCACCCGUCAUCAAGCCCACACCUCUACCCGCACAAGCAACACACAACCCACCCGCCAAGCUUGCCGCCAUCCAAUUCGAGGAGGGUGACAAUGUCGAGGGUGUCCUCGACCGCGCAGAGGCCACAUUCCCUUUCCUGCUCGUGCCGGGUUCGAAAUUCGUUGCGAAGCCAGAUCAGCUCAUCAAGCGAAGAGGCAAGUCUGGCCUGCUCAAGCUGAAUGCGACAUGGCAAGACGCUCGCGAGUGGAUUGCGGCGAGGGCGAACAAGGUCCAGAAGGUUGAGCAUGUGGAGGGUGCCCUCAGGCAUUUCCUUGUUGAGCCCUUUGUGCCCCAUCCUCAGGAGACUGAGUACUACAUCAACAUCAACUCCGUCCGUGAGGGCGACUGGAUCCUGUUCUACCACGAGGGUGGUGUCGAGGUUGGUGAUGUUGACGCAAAGGCCGAGAAGCUCCUGAUCCCAGUCGACCUGAGCCAAUACCCAAGCAACGAGGAGAUCGCCAAGGGCCUUCUUUCCAAGGUGCCAAAAGGUGUGCACAACGUCCUCAUCGACUUCAUCUCCCGCCUCUACGCUGUCUACGUCGACUCGCAGUUUACCUACCUUGAGAUCAACCCUCUUGUUGUCAUUCCCAACAAAGAUGUCACCGGCGCAGAAGUCCACUUCCUUGAUUUGGCGGCCAAGAUCGACCAGACCGCUGAGUUCGAGUGCGGUAGCAAAUGGGCCAUUGCCCGCUCACCCGCCGCCCUCGGCAUGCCAGCCAUCGCUGAGAAGACCGGCAAGGUCUCCAUCGACGUCGGCCCGCCAAUGGAGUUCCCGGCUCCGUUUGGCCGCGAGAUGAGCAAGGAGGAGGCAUACAUUGCUGAGAUGGACGCUAAGACUGGUGCUUCGCUCAAGCUGACCAUCCUGAACGGCAAGGGCCGCGUGUGGACAUUGGUCGCUGGUGGUGGUGCUUCUGUCGUGUAUGCUGAUGCCAUUGCCGCUGCUGGCUUUGCUAGCGAAUUGGCCAACUAUGGCGAGUACUCUGGUGCUCCCACCGAGACUCAGACUUUCCACUACGCCAGGACUGUGUUGGAUUUGAUGUUCAGGUCACCCAACACAGCCGAUGGCAAGGUCCUGUUCAUUGGUGGCGGUAUUGCCAACUUCACCAAUGUUGCAAGCACAUUCAAGGGUGUCAUUCGCGCCCUCCGCGAAGUCGCCCCUCUCCUCAUCGAGCACAAGGUCCAGAUCUGGGUCCGUCGUGCCGGGCCCAACUACCAGGAGGGUCUCAAGAACAUCAAGGCCGUCGGCAAGGAGUUGAAUCUCAACAUGCAUGUUUUCGGCCCGGAGAUGCACGUCUCUGGUAUCGUGCCUUUGGCCUUGAUCCCGGGGAAGAUGAACAGCUCAAUCAAGGAGUUUGAGGGUUAG